AUGAUUCAGAACUACUUCCAGGACUUCAGAGUUAGUGUAACCACACCACAGUUCACUACAGGAUGGCAACAGUUGGAAAAGGGAAUAGCAAUGGGUUGCACCAUCUCACCUCUCCUUUUUGUUCUGGGUUUUGAAAUAUUCCUCAUAGGUGCAAGGCAAGUGGCAGGUGGAGUAAAACUGCCUUCAGGACAAAGACUUCCGCCACUCAGGGCUUUUAUGGAUGAUGUAACCAGCAUUCUCAGGACUGCCCCGUGUACUAGACGGGUGCUGCAGAGGUUAGAAGAGCUAACAGAGUGGGCGCGGAUGAGAUUUAAACCCAGCAAAUCCAGAAGUCUGUCACUAAGGAAAGGGAAAAUCAGCAACAGAGUUUUCUCAAUAAAUAACCAAGACAUUCCCACAAUCCAACAGGAACCUGUUAAAAGCCUGGGACGGCUUUACACAAGCGACAUAGCUGACACCAAGCGAGGACAAGAGCUGGUGAAACAAGCAGUGGAAGGCCUAAGGGCGAUAGACAAGUGUGAGCUACCGGGCAAACUGAAAGUGUGGUGUCUACAGAGUGUCCUGAUACCAAGACUCAAAUGGCCCAUGAAGAUGUAUGAUAUACCCCUCUCAACAGCCGACCAAGUCGAAGGAAAAGCAAACUCGUUCGUAAGGAAGUGGUUGGGGGUUCCACGUUGUCUGUCUAGGACCGCAUUAGCCGGGAGGAACAAACUGACCCUUCCGAUUACCUCCAUUACAGAGGAAUACAAGUUGGAGAAAGUGCGGACGGCUUUAGAGCUGAAGUGGUCGCAGGACAACGCAGUUAGAGCAGCCUACAGAGGGCAGAAAACAGGGAGAAAGUGGAAUCCAGACGGAGUGAUCGACCAAGCUGUCAGCAGGCUCAAGCAUAGAGAUAUAGUAGGAGCUGUACAGCAGGGGAGGUGUGGUCUUGGAUGGGGCGAGAGAACCCUGAGAUGGGACAAGGCCACCCAGCGAGAAAAGAAACAACUGGUAGUGGAUGAGGUGAAGAGAAUGAUGGAAGAAGAGAGGAAAGUAAAGGUUGUUGGUCAACACCAGCAGGGAGCCUGGAUUAACUGGGAGAGCACAGUGGACAGAAAGUUAACGUGGAAAAACAUGUGGGACAAACCAGACCACAGAUUAAGUUUUCUUAUAAGGGCAGCCUACGAUAUUCUCCCAUGUCCAAGAAACCUAAGCAAAUGGUACUCAAAGGAAGAAUCUUGUGAAUUGUGUGGGGCGAACAAGGCCAACCUAAAGCAUAUCCUUUCUGCCUGCACUACCUCGUUAAAACAGGGAAGAUACACCUGGCGUCACAACCAAGCUCUGAGGAUCCUGGCUGCAGCCUUAGAGGAGGGAAGGAAAAAGGCGAGCAGCAAUAGAGUUCAGAACCAGUCCUUCAUCCCUUUCGUCAAGGAAGGGCAGAAAGCGGUUCCAGCCAACAGAAGUAGAGGUGAAGGUCUGAUGAGCAAAGGAGGGUGGGAGAUGACAGUGGACCUGGACACCCGUUUAACCUUCCCAAGAACCAUCUGUGAAACGACUCUGCGCCCAGACAUAGUGCUUUGGUCACCAACACAGAGAACAGUCGUCAUAGUCGAGUUAACUGUCCCUUGGGAGGAAAAUGUCCAGGCUGCGUUCGAGAGGAAAAAGCUCAAAUAUCAAGAUCUAGUACAACAGUGUGUAGAGAACAGUUGGAGGGCGUUGUUAUACCCAGUAGAGGUAGGAUGCAGGGGAUUCGUAGGAACUUCCAUCACACGCCUCUGUAGAGAACUCUCACUCAGUCACAAACAGUUAGUGAAGGCGUUAUCCGAAGAAGUGGAGAGAUGCAGCUUUUGGCUGUGGGUCAAGAGGAAAGACCAGAAGUGGGGAACCAAGGAGUAG